AUGCUACAACUUCAGGACAACAUGGAGACUCUAAGCAACCUGACAUCUAAAUACCCCAUCUUCUUGCUGACAGGUUUUCCUGGCCUAGAAUCUUUCCAUUCCUGGAUCUCCAUUCCAUUCUGUUGUCUCUAUAUCAUUGCUUUCUUUGGGAAUGGCAUGAUUCUAUUUAUUGUCAUUACCCAGAAAAAUCUUCAUGAACCCAUGUACUAUUUCCUCUCCAUGCUGUCAGCUACUGACCUGGGUUUGACUAUUUCUACAAUGUCAACAACACUAAGUGUCCUCUGGUUUGAUGUAACCAAUAUCAGUUUGGAUAGCUGCAUCAUCCAGAUGUUUUUUCUUCAUGGAUUUACUUUUAUGGAAACUGGAGUGCUUGUGGCUAUGUCCUUCGACCGUUAUGUGGCAAUUUGUAACCCUCUAAGGUACUCCACAAUCCUCACUAAUUAUAGAAUUACUCAGAUGGGUCUCUUGAUGACUAUACGUACUGUAGUGAUUAUAGUACCACUACUCCUGCUCCUUAAGCGUCUCUCUUUCUGCAGAACUACUAGACUUUCCCACUCCUAUUGUUACCACCCAGAUGUGAUUAAAUUAGCAUGUUCAGAUACUCGGGCCAAUAGUAUCUGUGGAUUAAUUGGUCUCAUCCUGACCACAGGGAUAGAUACACCAUGCAUUGUCCUGUCUUACAUUGUUAUUAUUCACUCUGUCUUAAAUAUAGCAUCUCCUGAAGAGAGGCACAAGGCCUUUAGCACCUGUGUCUCCCACAUUGGGGCAGUUGCCAUCUUCUAUAUCCCCAUGGUAAGCCUGUCCUUGGUGCAUCGCUACGGUCAUUCAGCUCCCAGAGUGGUCCAUUCGAUGAUGGCCAAUACAUACCUGCUUCUACCGCCAGUGCUCAACCCCAUCAUUUACAGUGUCAAAACCAAACAAAUACGCAGAGCAAUAUGUAAUCUGUUGCUGACAAAAUGA